UUUUACAAUUGCUUCAUGUCUUUUAUUGUAUGGUUGAAAACUUUUCUUUUGGAAACGCGCGCGGAUGUCAUCUCUAUAAUCAAAUCAACAUGGCCCAAGCCAAAGUAAUGGCAAUACGCAACUCACAUACGUAUUUUAAGUUUGACCUGGGCCUAAUAAUGCAUGUAAGAUACAUGUGUUGCAUGUUAUAGAUGGAAAUAUAUAGUAUGUUCGUGUUAAAUGGUGACCAUAAACGAGGAACUGUAAUCAUUGUCUGGCCGUACCCCGUGUUACCAGAUGUAUACAGUCUGCACAAAGCAUUUAGUUGCCAAGAGAGACGACAGACAAAGGGAGGGGAAAGUGAUACUCCGUGUCCCUAUCAAGCCGACGGGAUGUUUGCCGAACAAUUACUGAUAGGGGUGUAACUAAACCCGAAGAGACGUCUUUUCUUACAACCCCCCUUGUUGUACUGUAAGUGGGAAAGCGCCUGUCAGUAGUCUAGUCUCUGACACGUACUACUGGGACGGUGUCAUGGCGUCUCCUUCGCUAUACUGGUUGGAGUAUUCCUUCGCAGGGUCCGAGCAAACGCCACUUACCGAUCUCAUCAAGGGAACAGUGCAUGCGCUGACUAAAGCUAUGUUACAAACGGACCAAGGAAAGGUUCUGUUUGUGUUUAAGGUGUUAGCAGAGCCAAAGAUUAUCGUCCUUAUCCAGUCCAGCACCCCUACCGAUCUAGACACUGCUCUGACGGCCAACCCCGUGCCGUCCCUGGGCCGUCAGGUUCAAGUCAAGUGUCGGCCACUGCGGCAAUACGAGGCGUUUGCUAGCGAGGUGCUGGGAGUGGAGUACCCGGGGCCAAAAACUCACGAAUGGUCCUCAUCCCCCACAGAAGGUUUCAUCUACUGGAUAGACAUGUAUAUAGGAUAUAGCGGUCUGAAACAACAGCAACUGUUUGACGUGUGGAGAAAAGAAGCUAUGUUGGUGCUGCAAACCGUCGGGAGCGGGAAUGCACAACUCUUCAAAGUACUGGCCGAAAGAAGGGUGAUGAUGUUCUUGAAGGCAUCCAGUCCAGAUAUGUUGGACAACGUGCUGUACAAGUUACCUCUCAUCCAACACUUAGGUGACCAGGUGCAGCUCGUGUGUAAACCCGUAGUACCGUACACGUAUGAGGACUUCUCCAAAUCUAACAGGAAAAAUGACGUCAACAAGAAAGUGUGAAAGGGUAACGUUAUAGACCGAUCCUA